AUGGAGAGAGUUUCGCGUGUGCUUUCCUUCCCUCGUUCGGCGCGAGUCUUCUCCGAGGCGGCCGGAAGCGUGAGUGGAUGCGGAGCGCGGUUCGUCCCGUCAAGAGCGAACGCGGCUCUCGGCACCCGAAGAACAGGACCUUCGUCCGCUGUCGGGGGGAUGCUUCAACUGGAGAUGUCAUGUGUUUCUGCGCAUUUCGUGCUGCAAGACUUACGGAAGUGUGGCGCAGGCAAAGACGCUUUCUUCGUGCCAUUCUUGCGAGCCGGUCGGUGCUUCGCAACCAGUUCCGGGGCGGAGACUGCCCACGCCACCGGAGCAAACUCAGCGAGCAGGGAACAACCGUCCGACACAAAUCCUGCGAAGCACGAUGUCCCAGUGGACACGGAUAUCAAGGCGGUUACCGAUUACAUCGUCGGAAUGGCGGAGAAGUUUUUGCACAAGGACGAGAACGUGCAUCCGACGAGGAAGCUCGAGGAGAUGCGCACGAAGGAUGAGCGGCUGUGGGACUGUCUGGACACAGUGGAAUUUGUCCUCGACGUGGAGGAGAUUUUUGACGUGAUCAUCCCGGACGAGACUGCGGACAACUUCCAAACUCUCCAGGAAAUCGCCGACUACGUUGUUUCCCAGAGGCAGAAGAGAGAGCGGACAAAGCAGAAGGUGAAGUAA